CGCAAAUUGCUGAUCGCAAGAAACCCACACUUCGAUGUUUUUAUAUUAGUUCAUUUGUAUUUUAAUCAUUUGCACAUAUAAUUGACGGACAAACAUGUAUGUUUCCUAGUGAUACAGCAUGGUCGACGAAGUAUGUCUAACGCUCCCUACAUCAAAGUGGAACAUUGUGUUAACCACGACUCUCGGCCUGUUGAUCGCCAUUAUCGCUUCUACAACAAACGUAUUAAUACUCAUAGCAAUAUAUAAGAAGCCAUCACUUCAUACUGUCACAUAUUACUGCAUUGCUUCCUUAGCAGUCGGUGAUUUAUUUGUCGGAAUCGUUGCACUUCCACUUUGGAUUACAAGAUCUUUGUUAUCAAUCGCCGACGAAGAACACCUCCUAAGUGUAGCUGUGGACUGCGUUUAUGUUCUGUCUGUUGGUAUAUCAACAUAUAACUUGUGUACAGUUAGUUUGGAAAGGUACGUUGGAGUUAUUUUGCCUUUGCGGUAUAACGUUAUCGCAACCAUAAAACGGCUUCAGUAUGCGGUAACGAGCGUAUGGGUUAUUUCAAGCAGUAUCGCUUGCCUACGUUUGAUUAUUAACGAAGAUUCUUACUGGUUGAUGGCAAUAUCUACAUUAAUUUUUCUCCCGGGAAUAGUCAUUUCAUACUGCUACGUUUGCAUUUUCAAAGAAGCGUCCCGACAGUCAAGAGCUAUUGAUCAGCAGAGUGGGUCCCCUUCACCAGCAAACCGAAUCCAGAACAAAAAGGCCUCCUUGACGAUUGCGAUAGUGAUCGGUGUGUUUUAUUUGACAGCCCUGCCAGCUCUGGCCUUCUCCAUCGCUGAACUGGUCUCGGGAAAUAAUAUGUCUUGUGAACAGAAAAAAUCAUUCGAGUCUUGGGGAACUUGGGCGCUCUUCUUCGUCUUUUCGAAUGCAGUAGUUAAUCCGUGGAUUUACGCAGCCAGGAAAAGUGAAUUUAGAGACGCUUUAAAAGUAUUGAAGAUUUGGAACUACAUUUGUUAGGCAAAGAUUACCAUAGGCUGGUCAGUUUGUAGAAAUGAUCUUUAAAUCAUGAACAUGGAAAGUAAACAAACAAGUUUUAGACUUUUCAAUUUUGUUGAAGACCACAAAAAACAGCUCCGUGAUGAAUAAGAACAAAAUAUGGUCAGGUUAAGUAACACGAAAACAGAAACUUGGAACGUAAGCAAAAUUUCGUUUCAAUUUUUCGUUGAAACAAACAACUCACAAAUAUUUUUAAAACUUGCUGAUGUAUAGUCUUAUGCGUGAAUAGUUUUUAAUAUCAUUGCGAGUUAGUUAUUUCUCCUGAAACAGCAAACAAUGAUAUGCAAAUAUCAUAAACGGUUCUGAAAAAGAAUUAUGGCUUAAAACAGUUGGAUCUUGGCUUAUCAUUAAAACUUAAGCCAGCUGGAGUUCUGAAAGUUUCAAUCAUUACGAUUUGGAAAGCAAUUUGAAAAAGUAAUCGCUUUGAAAUGAAGAAAAGGAGGUUCUUAAGACUACAUUAAACGGCUGAUUCAGAGGAAAAAUUUCCAUCAAAGCUAAAAGAGGAAAAACACCUAAAACAGCUGUGGUAACAUAAAUUUGCAAAUAAUCUCCUUCCUUUGUCCUAAAGUUUGAAAACUGGGUCCUAAAAAUGGAAAAGGGCUUGCCUAUUAUGGCUCUUGCCGAUGGUCAUAGAUCGAAUUCAGUUACCUGCUAUUGUUUUGAAGUCAAAUGUAUGACACGUUUUUAGAGUGCUUUUAAACUACUGCAGCUGUAAAAGGCCUGGCAUUAUUCCGACGUUCUUAGCAUGCAUAACUGGUAUAAAUGUAUUUUCUUUAAUGCCAUCAGUUACUUGGCGCGGGCCAUUUAUUAAUGCAUCGUAUCUAAAUGUUUGAAUCAUCAGCCGCAGUGUUAGUCCCGCCCGACAGGUCCGAGAUCAACAAAUCCAAAGUACAACAGAAAGGCGUCUUUGACGAUUGCAGUUGUUAUUGGUGUGUU